GGCCCAACCCGUUCUGGCGCAGGUACCCGUCACCAUGAGAGCCAUCCUGGCCUCUCCCCGGCUGCCUGUCGCCCUUGUCUUCCUCCUCGUCCUCCUCCACACGGCAGAGGGAUAUUGUAGCUGCGGCCAAAUCGAGUGCAAGACUGGAGGGCAGUGUAUACAUCAACAACAUGUUUGUGAUGAAACGAAUCACUGCCCGGACGGCUCGGACGAGGACAGCAAAAUAUGCAAGUGGUGGCCCCCAAGGAGCAGUAAUUGUGUAACUAGACCUCAGCAUCAAAGGUUCGACUACGCUGCGGGCUGCUACACCGUUCAUCAAAUGUGCACCGACAGGGUUAAGGCUGCUACCCUAGACCGAAGGAUCUGUAAGACUGCCCUCCAGCCCAAACUUGAGCCUCAAGAGGGAGGAUUCAACACAUGCAGUGAAGUAGUCGAUUUCCUGAGCUUGGCCGUCAACUCUACCCAGCGGAAGUCAGGCUGCCCCAUGCUGUACACGCGUGUCGGAAAUGACUGCCUGUCCUUCAUUCCGGCUAAGUUAUCGUGGCCCGAGGCUCGACAGUUUUGCCGCAGCAUCCACGGUGUCCUGUGGUAUUUGAAAGACUUUGCAGCAUAUAGCGCUUUGUUAGCCUACAUGAAAAAGGAACGACUCACCAUGGACUACUGGAUUGGUGGCCGGUUCGACCUUGACACCAACGCCUGGUCGUGGUCGUUUGAUAACUCCGCUAUGCCUCUCGGCUCCCCUUACUGGACGCUGAAGCAAACAGAAUCAUGUGUUCUCCGCGGCCCGCCACACACCGACCCAUUCUCGGACCCACCCAAGGCAUCGCCUGGAAGCCCCUGUUAUCGCACCGAGAUAUCCCCCGAGAAUAGAUCCCUGGGCUGGUGUGCAGCAAUGACCCACGAGAACUACUACUUUUGGUCCGAUGAGGUGUGCAAGGAAGUCUUCAGCCCUCUGUGCAUCUACACUGGUCCCAAAGACUUCGACAUCGACUAAGAGGAUAUUGCUGCACCGUGAACUAGGACGCCACACGAGCCACUGCUUACAUUGCUGCAUGCUGCUAAGUCUCUCUCUCUCUCUCUCUCUCUCUCUCUCUCUCUCUCUCUCUCUCUCUCUCUCUCUCUCUCUCUCUCUCUCUAUCUAUCUAUAUAUAUAUAUAUAUAUAUAUAUAUAUAUAUAUAUAUAUAUAUAUAUAUAUAUAUAUAUAUAUAUAUAUACCAAGUCGAGUCACUUUGCUUCAAAUCUGCAACCGGUACGCGCAGGAGGCGGUUUUGGGGCGGAGCAGCGGGAUGACGUUACUUGGAGCUAGUUGGAGCCUAGUUCAGUGGUGACUAAAGUUGCGGCCAUAUGUGCACUCUGGAUGUGAAUUCUCGCCUUCUUUCACAGCGCGUUCAGGCAAGCCACUGACGAAAAAAAUGUCUUUUUUUGUGCUAUUGCGUGACUGUAAUUCCAGUGACUACAAACGGCGGGAUGGGGUGUGAGGGAGGGGAUGUUGAAGUGAUCGAUUUAAAUUAGUCCGCUUUUCUUCGUUUUCUGUAAACCCCUGUUUUUACAUUCUCUAGUUUGGCUCCAAGCAGUGUCACACAUAAACCACGCCUCGGCCGUGUCUCCUCCCACAAACCUGCGUAUGACUUGACUUGCUGUAUAUAGACUUAGGCAUGCUGUUUAACAUAUCUGCAACGCUUGUCAAAAUACAGUAUAUUAAGCUGAUUAAAUAAACCUUGAUGCCUAUA